AUGAGCGCAUCUCAACAAACAGAAAAGCAGCAGCUCGCAAAGCAAGAGUUUGCAGAUGUUGGCAGCGAGCAAGAUGCCAAAAAUACACAAGAUCAAGGGGCUACGCAAGAUGGACCAACUGGCGCCGGUGAAGCCCCGGAAACAUCUACGCAGCCAGCGCAGGAGAAACCCGCUGCAGCCGAAGAGGCCGCGGUUACUCCUGCAAACGCUUCGAAGGGUGGCAGAGAGACCUCUGACCGGAUCUUGUACGUUGGCAAUUUGGACCUGAGUGUCACUGAGGAAAUGCUCAGACAGUACUUUCAAGUGGGUGGGGCCGUUGCCAAUGUCAAAAUCUUGAUGGACAAGAACAACAAGGAUGCAAACUAUGCCUUCGUGGAAUUCUACAAGCCUCACGACGCCAAUGUGGCUUUCCAGACUCUGGACGGAAAGCAGGUGGAAAACAAUGUUAUCAAGAUCAACUGGGCUUUCCAAUCGCAGCAGGUGUCGUCAGAAGCCACUUUCAACCUGUUUGUUGGGGAUCUGAGCGUUGACGUUGACGACGAAACGCUUGCUUCCACUUUCAAAGCGGUCCCCACCUUCAUCCAGGCCCAUGUCAUGUGGGAUAUGCAAACCGGAAGAUCUAGAGGUUACGGUUUUGUAUCCUUUGGUGACCAGUCUCAAGCUCAAACGGCCAUGGAACAGAGCCAGGGUACCAUAUUAAAUGGCCGAGCAAUCCGCAUCAACUGGGCUUCCAAGCGUGAGCAUAGCAACAGCAACAACAGCAACAACAACAAUAACAACAAUAACAGCAACAGCAACAGCAACAGCUACCAUGCCGGCGGAAAUCCAUAUCACGUUAACACGCGCGGAGGUGGCGCGCGCCGUGGAGGCUUCCGUGGGAAUCAGCAAUACAGAAGCCCAAUGGGUCCCAUGGCCAUGUCUGCACCACCCCGUGGUCCACAUUUGCCAGCCAUGGGCUUGCCUCCUCAAGCUGCUCUGCUCCAGCAUCAAGGUCCCGUCAUGUUGCCCCAAGUUCCCCCUCAGGCAAUCGAGGCCAUGGUCAGAAGUGCGCCCCUUAGAGUCACAACCGUCUACAUUGGUAACAUCCCUCACUUUGCCUCCGAGCAGGAUCUCAUCACACUACUGCAGAACUUUGGUUUCAUCGUCGAUUUUAAACAUUACGCUGAAAGAGGCUGCUGCUUCGUGAAAUAUGGUACCCACGAGCAAGCUGCGGUUUGUAUUCUAUCACUUGGAAACUUCCCGUUCCAAGGAAGAAACCUCAGAACUGGAUGGGGCAAAGAAAAGCCUGCCUACAAUCCACCUACCAAGCUGGAUGGCGCAGGACAUCCCGCAGGCCAGGCGCCAAUCCCAAGUGUGCAGUCUGAGACUCAAGAGCCCUCUAUAAAUAACGACUCAGAUCAAACUCAGGAAGAAGGCCAGGUGUGA